UGAAAAGCCACUGGACUCCAUCCAUGUUUGGUGAAUGUUUUCUGAAAGGCCAAAAGAGCUUCUUUUGCACAGCAUAUAGCGUUCUGCUGAGAUUGCCCAGAAAGAACUCCCCGAUUAUUACAAGCCUUGGAUGGAAACUGCCAACAGACUUCCUCACUUAAUUGAGAGCCACCAGCUCCAAGCUCAUGUGUACAAGAUGCCUCUCCUGGACUGCAGGUUCCUAAAGAGUCACCGCGAGCAGCGCCUGGCACACCUGGUGCUGGCUGCUAUCACCAUGGGAUUUGUCUGGCAGGAAGGGGAAGCCCAACCCCAAAAGGUGCUGCCAAGAACUCUUGCCAUUCCUUUUGUUGAGGUAUCCAGGAGUUUGGGACUCCCUCCUAUCCUGGUCCACUCUGACCUGGUGCUGACAAACUGGACCAAAAGGAACCCAGAGGGACCGUUGGAAAUAGGUAACCUGGAGAUCAUCAUUUCUUUUCCCGGGGGAGAGAGCCUGAGGGGCUUCAUCCUGGUGACAGUCUUGGUGGAGAAGGCAGCAGUGCCUGGCAUUAAGGCCCUAGUUCAGGGAGUGGAGGCCAUUCGGCAACACAGCCAGGACACCCUGCUGGAGGCUCUGCAGCGGCUGAGACUCUCCAUCCAGGACAUCACCAGAGCCUUGGCCCAAAUGCAUGGACAGAUUUCCUUCCCAGACAUAAAAAUGCCUUUUGUGGACAUCAGAGGCCCACUGCGCUGCAAGCCAAGUCCCCAGGCCUUUGCCCAGCUUAACAUAGUUGUACAAAUAAG